AUGGCAGAGUAUCCAGGUGGCCGUUAUCAAAACCGAAAGACAAAGUAUUGCAUUAAGGGUUACUCCUUUUUGUUGGUUAAAAUAUGCUACUUGUUUGAUUGCAAAUGCACACGCAAACUUGUUACUACUUAUAAUUUAAUUGUGAAUUCGUAUGAAGAUGAAUGGAAAAUGCCUAGCACAUCAAGUGAAAUUACUUUACACCAUUUGAUCUCUACCAAUCACCAUCAGUUUUGGACGAGGAUAAUCAGGGCGUGGGCUAAUUCUUGCUCUGUAGUAAUGAUUUACAAGAAUUCACCAUUGCAUGCUUGUUUGCCACUACUGCGCAUCGACGCAGCAACUUUUAUUCUACCUCUCCAUAGUCAGAAUGCCCGCAAAACAACUCAUGAUAUUGCAGAAUCAUCAUUUCCCGUGCUCUAUUUCUUCUGGCGGAAUGACAUCGGUCGCCAGUUAAAUGACUUGCUAGAACUUGCUACUUAUUUACAUAAAUUUCUAGCAUCUAAAGCUUUGACUAUACGAUGCCACGUAGGUAAACUGUUAAGGUGCAUUUUAAAUGAAAAGAAUAUAACCAUUUGGAAUGGAAUUUUAGGAAGGUUACCUCUGGCAGGAAUAGAGGGUCUUCAUAAAUGUAAUGUACCCAUCUCUGAGACAUUCACCUACAGAAUUCCAGUUAUAAAACCAUUUCUGGGCGGUACCUUCUGUUACCACCUGCCGCAUUUCCUCCAAAGAAUAUUAAAGAUACUAAGAGAAACUCCUACAGCAUUGAAAGUAAUUUUAAAUUUGAAAUAUAGUAAGCUGGAAUCAUAUCAGGUUCAACUGGCAUUUUAUGAUGUGGAGGUUGAAAACGAGAGCAAGUUCCAAUUUCGGUAUGGUUUUUUUCCAUAUAAUUGUAAAAGGGACUUUAAAGGUCUUGAUUACUACUUUGGUUUAAAUAAAGUGACAGUUCGUGAUGUUAAAAAAGAAGACCGAGAACUACGAUGCUGUAUCCUGCAAAAAUUAAUUUUCCUAAACACUCUAGUGAUUAGAAUUCAGUAUACUGACGAAAAUAAUUUUGAAGGACAUUUUCCAACCCAUCAAGUUCCUAAAAAGCCUGUUCUUUAUUAG